UAUAAGUGUUCCCAACCGUCCUCUCCUCCAGUAUAUUUUCAGCUUGACAAUGGAGCGGAUACAACUGAUUCUCCUGUCUCUGGUAGCCGUCACCGUCAGUGUGAGGGCGCUGGAUACCGUCUCUGGGCCAAUCUGCAGUGAAUGUGCUGAAGAACAGUAUGCGAAUGCUGAGUCCGCGUACAAGGUGAAAUUCGUGAGAGGGACCGAGGACGAUAGUGGCGGUUCAACUGUCGACUCAAGCGGUACCGUGACGACUGCAGAUGAAAUUACGGCAUCCAUUACUGAAGAGGAUUCUGACAGUCCACCUCCUGUAACGGAAGAUCCCGGUACACCGAACACAGAUGAAGACACAGCAUCCACUACUGCAGAGGAACCUGACAAUACAGCUACUGUAACGAACACAGAUGAAAGUGUAACAUCCACUACUACAGGGGAACCUGACAGUACACCUACUGUAACGAACACAGAUGAAACUGUAACAUCCACUACUACAGGGGAACCUAUUACUAAUGAUCCCAGUUCAGAAACCUCAACUACUGACAGUGGUAUCAGAUCGACAGUGGCAUUUCUCACGCUAGCACUAACGUGCGGAAUAAGACUCUACUUCUGAAAAGCAAUGAAGCCACGUGCUUCACGACUGAAUUCUCCAGUGCGCUUAUGUAAAAUCUGUAACAAACCUCACGGGUAUUAACAAAAACUCUGGCAUUCAGAACGAAAUUUCACGCACCGCGCCAUAAACCUAGGACGUUGUUCAACAUUAGUAUACUAAAUAAAACACAUUCAGUAUUUUCUUGUGUGCAUUGAUAGUUGACACACACACACCAUUAUUCUAGUGGUAUCGGCCUGAGGGUAUGAGGCUAAUGAAUGUUUCUGCUGCAGUUUAUUAGAGUUGAGGCACUUGUGUCCUGUCUCUUACAGGCUGAUGAAAGCAUUUGGAUACUAAAUAAUAACUGACACUGCAUCUGGAAACCCUAUAUUAUAAAAUGAACUGUAUUAUAUAUAUGAAAAUGCAAGUAUUAAUCAAAUAAACAUUUUUGUUUGAAGAGCAAGGGUUCGUGAAAUUUGUCGUGUUCCAAUUUCUAUGUGCUGUGUCAUUCAAUUUAUGAGUACAGUAGAAUUCGGAUUUUCAUAUCCGCACAACACUCACAGGUUGAUGAUUCUCCUGUUUUGGAAUUUCCUUAAUCCGAUUUCAGCUGGAACGUCAGGAACGGCGCAAUGAGCUGUUAGGGCGGACGUGCUGAGAUAAAGAAUGGUACACAGAGUGUGCCAGUAACGUCAUUCAGCACAUCUUUUUAGACUCAGCAACAAACUAAUCUUGAACUACGAAAACUAAUCAAUAUCUUUAAACUCUACUUAACGACGUGUUUUUAGCAGGACUCAUAAGACACUUGUAUGUUUAAUGUGCCCAUUUGUAUGUCUAUAUCAGAAGCAUUUAUCAACAUAAAUGCAAUCAGGAACAGAGAAACAAAAUCAGUAUGCGCUCAUUUAAAAAAUCGUGGCACAGGUCAUAAUUAAUAUAUAAACGUUUUAUAACAAAGUACGAAUUUUAUCGGGCCUCAAAAAUAAUUUUUGUUCAGAAACAAAGAAUUUCCCUUUGUUUUAUAAUUGAUGCGAAUAAAUAAAUAUUUUCAAUUUGUUCUUCUUAAUUAUCCGAAGAAACUUCCUAAUUUAAAGUCUACAAUUUCUUGAAAUUAUUUAAUGACAACUAAUAAGCAGAGAUUCUAAGCAAGACAGUUAUUUUACAACAAAUAAAGAUGUUACUGACAUAUUUCAUAGUUUUUAUGACAAACUUUGUACAUGUCACAACUGUGAAUGAAUCACUUGUUAUAGCAGGAAUAUGAAAAUGGAAAUGAAUGUAAUUUAAGCUACGAAAUUGCACAAGUGAUAAAUAAACGUUACACCCUGUAUGUUA